AUGAGUAUCAUUGAAGAAAAAACUAGGCUGCCCGCCUCCAAGGGCGGCGAUAAUGUGGUCGUUGAGAACAUAUCGCAGGAACCAGUGUCGUACGACCAGUCCCAGGGUAGUUCGACUGAAGCACAUUCCCGUUGGGGUCGCUUCAAGGAAUCUUUCAAGCGUGCGGAAGAAAUGGAGCUGGAUCCAAAUCUUACCGAGGCAGAAAGGAUCGCUAUCAAGACUGCUCAAUCUCCGUUGAAGCACCAUUUGAAAAAUAGACACUUGCAAAUGAUUGCCAUUGGUGGUGCCAUUGGUACGGGUUUGUUUGUCGGUAGUGGUACUGCGUUAAGAACUGCUGGUCCCGCUGGUAUUCUGAUCGGAUGGGGUUUAACCGGUACAAUGAUUUACUCGAUGGUUAUGGCAGUUGGUGAGCUGGCUGUGGUUUUCCCUGUGGCAGGUGGUUUCACUACGUAUGCCACUCGUUUUGUGGACGAGUCGUUUGGUUUUGCUGCUAAUUUCAUCUACAUGUUGCAAUGGUUGGUUGUGCUUCCUUUGGAAAUUGUUGCUGCAUCGAUUACGGUCAAUUACUGGGGUACAGAUCCGAAAUACCGUGAUGGUUUUGUUGCAUUAUUCUACGUUGUCAUUGUUAUUAUCAAUAUGUUUGGUGUUAAGGGUUACGGUGAAGCAGAAUUUAUCUUUUCGUUUAUCAAAGUGAUCACUGUGAUCGGAUUUAUUAUUAUGGCCAUCGUGCUUAUCUGUGGUGGUGGUAAGGAUCACAAGUACAUCGGUGCACAGUACUGGUACAAUCCGGGUGCUUUUGUCGGUGACACAGCUGGGCAGCAGUUCCAGGGUUUUUGUACCGUCUUCGUUACCGCAGCUUUCUCGUUUGCAGGUUCUGAGUUGGUCGGUUUGGCUGGUUCCGAAGCUGAAGAGCCCAGAAAAUCCGUUCCAGGUGCUGCCAAGCAGGUCUUUUGGAGAAUCACCUUAUUUUACAUUCUAUGCCUGUUGCUGAUCGGUAUGCUGGUCCCAUCCGACAGUCCUCGUCUGAUCGGUGCUUCCAGUGUUGAUGCUGCAGCUUCACCUUUCGUGAUCGCCAUUGUCAACCAUGGUAUCAAGGGUCUACCAAGUGUCGUCAACGUUGUCAUUCUUAUCGCCGUUCUUUCUGUCGGUAACUCGGCCAUCUACUCGUGCUCCAGAACUUUGGCUGCACUUGCUGAUCAAGGCUUCCUACCAAGUAUUUGCGGCUACAUCGACCGUGGUGGAAGACCAUUGGUUGGUAUCGCUAUUUCUGCGUUCUUCGGUCUAAUUGCCUUUGUCGCACAAUCCAAAAAGGAAGGUGAUGUUUUCAAUUGGCUGAUGGCUCUAUCCGGUCUGUCUUCCCUAUUCACCUGGGCAGGUAUCUGUCUGUGCCACAUCCGUUACAGAGGUGCUUUGGCGGCCCAGGGAAGAUCCACCGAUGAAUUGCCCUUCCAGGCUCCAGCCGGUGUAUGGGGAUCUUACUGGGGAUUCUUCAUGUGUAUCCUCAUGUUCAUCGCUCAAUUUUACGUUGGUUUGUUUCCUCCAGGUACCAAGCCCAACGCAUAUGAUUUCUUCCUCGCCUACUUGUCGUUCUGUAUCUUCAUUGCCCUGUACGCCUUCCACAAGAUUUGGAAGAGAAAUUGGAAAUUGUUCAUUCCAUUGAAGGACCUGGACAUCGAUACCGGUAGAAGAGAAGUCGACUUGGACGUGCUCAGAGAGGAACUAGCCGAGGAGAGAGCCGCUUUGGCUGCAAGACCAUUCUGGUACAGGUCCUGGAAGUUCUGGUGUUAA